AUGGCGGUGCCACACUCCAGCAGUCUUCUUCAAUACCUAAAUAUUACCACGAUCGGAGUGCUUGGCAUACUUUUUCUUUCAUACUAUCUAUUAGUACGGAGAUCCAGAGCUGGUAAGAGAAGAAUAGCACCUGAAGCAGCUGGUGCAUGGCCAAUAAUCGGUCACCUACACCUCUUAGGUGGGUCACAGCUCCCUCAUGUAACCUUGGGAACCAUGGCCGACAAGUACGGACCGAUCUUCACUAUCAGGCUCGGGGUGCAUCGAGCAUUGGUGGUGAGUAGUAGGGAGGUGGCCAAAGAAUGUUUCACCACCAAUGACUCGGCUGUAUCCGGCCGUCCCAAACUGGUAGCCCCAGAACAUCUGGGUUACAACUACGCCAUGUUCGCUUUCUCCCCUUACGAUGCUUACUGGCGUGAAGUGCGAAAGAUAGUCAAUACAGAGCUACUUUCCAACCGCCGCCUAGAGUUGCUGAAGGACGUUCGAGCCUCAGAGGUGGAGACAUCCAUAAAAGAACUGUACAAGCUCUGGGCGGAAAAGAAGAACGAAUUGGGGCAUGUUUUGGUGGAGAUGAAGCAAUGGUUUGGUGACUUGUCUAUGAACGUGAUUUUAAGGAUGGUUGUUGGAAAAAGAUACUUUGGUGUUGGAGCCGGCGGUGAGGAGGAAGAGGCCCGGCGGUGCCAGAAGGCCAUUAGGGAAUUCUUUCGUUUGCUGGGGCUCUUUGUGGUGAAGGAUGGGAUUCCUUCCCUCGGAUGGUUGGACUUGGGAGGACACGAGAAGGCCAUGAAGAAGACUGCAAAAGAAAUAGACAGCAUUGCUCAAGAAUGGUUAGAGGAGCACCGUCGGAGGAAAGAUUGGGGUGAAGAUAAUGGUAUGCAUGAUUUCAUGGAUGUGUUGCUCUCAGUCCUCGACGGCAAAGCCCUUCCUGAGUACGAUGCCGAUACCAUCAACAAAGCCACUUCCAUGGCUCUGAUUUCAGGAGGUACUGACACCAUGACUGUUACCCUAACAUGGGCACUUUCAUUGAUAUUAAACAAUCGUGAAACCUUGAAGAAGGCUAAAGAGGAAUUGGAUACCCAUGUUGGCAAAGAAAGAUUAGUUAAUGCAUCGGAUAUUAGCAAGUUGGUCUAUCUUCAAGCAAUUGUUAAGGAGACAUUACGACUACGUCCUCCCGGACCACUGUCAGGACCACGCCAAUUCACCGAAGACUGCAUUAUUGGUGGUUACCAUGUCCCUAAAGGCACCCGACUAGUGUUGAACCUCUCAAAGCUCCAUAGGGAUCCAAGUGUAUGGUUAGACCCUGAAGAGUUUCAGCCAGAGAGAUUUCUCACCACCCACAGAGACGUUGAUGCUAGGGGUCAGCAUUUCCAACUACUGCCAUUUGGUGCAGGUAGAAGAUCAUGCCCUGGAAUAACUUUUGCCCUUCAAAUGCUACAUUUGGCACUGGCUAGUUUCUUACAUGGAUUUGAGGUCUCAACUCCAUCAAAUGCACCUGUCGAUAUGAGCGAGAUUCCUGGACUAACAAACAUUAAGUCCACCCCACUUGAAAUUCUCAUAGCUCCUCGCCUGCCUUAUAAUUCUUAUAAAUGAAAACCAAACAUAACGUUGGAAAGCUUCCUUAUAAAGUGUUGGAGUUAAUA